GUGUUUUUCUUUUUUUUUUUUUUUAAUUCGUUUCUGAAGUAGUUUGUGUUUUGAAAAUGUUUUUACAAGUCUGAAGAAAGAUAUCUCUAGAGCUUAUGAAAAUGGAAGAGUAGGUGCUAGUUGAUGACUCAGUGUCUUUUUCUUUUUUAAUUUUUUCACUUUGGUUAGUUGUGAGUAAUUGAAGAAAGAGAAAGAACCUAUAUUUCAAGAGGUUGAGAUAUGUUGCUUCAAAUCCAGGGAAUUCGAUUUGGUUAUAUUUUUCUGGGGUUUUCUAUUUUGGUUUCAACUCCUCUUUCAUGAACUUAUAUUUGUCUUUUUAUCUCCCUUGGUUCUUGGUAUGGUGAAGAUACGACAUUUAAUUUUCCUAUCCGUCUCAUCAAACGCUUGAUGGUUUAAUGGUUGAAAAAGAAGAUUUUGUCUCAUCGAUCUUUCUUUUUCUCUGUUACAUUGGAUUUAAUAUAGAAGUUUCUCUAGAGUCUAGAUGCAUCCAUUUCUAACGUGUAUUAGUUUUCUUGAUUAGUCUAUAUCUAUAUUCUUUGAUCGCCACAAAGAUUAUAUAGAAGAUCACUUGUGUUACUGUCAUUUGAAUGUCUUUUGCAAUCUGUUAAUUACGUAAGCCUACUAGUGAUCAGUUCUUUUCUGGGUUAUCGACAAAUUUUUUUUAUCGUUUCAGACCAAUUAAAUUGUGUAAAGAGGAAAAAAGAGAGCUCAAGAAUAGUAGUGAAGAUGAUUUUGGACGGUUUUGGAGGUAGAAGAGAACCAAUGAAGGAUAUAUCAACGGCGGUAGCUGUUCCAUUUAGGCUUAGUAACAUAGUCUCCAACGAGUCAGCAAUGGAAAUUUCUGGGCUAAAGUUUUUAGCAGACACUUCAAGCUUGUUAUCUUGUGGAAAUAAUGGAUAUAACAGGAGAAAUAAUCAUAGUGGAAUGUCAAAAACGUUAAAUGAAAAAGAAAGUAGUCAGAAUUCCACUGAAUCCGAUGAUCGGAAAGAUGAUUCCAUGUCUCUAGGUGGUAACCGUUUGUUUGAUGAUUCAGGUUCUCCGUCUGUAGUUAGUGAUCCAAUUAGCAUCUCUAGGGAGGAGUUUUUAGCUUUGGAUUCUAGUUCUGUGACUGACUUACCAAUAACACUAGAUAGGAGGCAAAUUGAUGACAAUAGUGAAGUUAAAGUCAAGUCUGAUGAACCAAAUGUUGAGGUCAAGGCUGAGCAAAUUUCUGUUGAUGGGAAUAACUCUGGAGAAUCGGGUCCUGAAGUGCAACAGGAAAAGAAAAUAUGCAGAGCAGGAAGCCAGGGAGUAUCAUUUCAACUGGAGAACGUAUCCCGUUGGGGGUAUACAUCUAUCUGUGGUAAAAGACCAGAAAUGGAAGAUUCUGUAGCAGUUGUACCAGGAUUUUUACAAAUUCCAACUCAAAUGCUUAUGAAUGAUGGCACGAAUCCGAUUCUUCCAGGUCAUUUAACAGGCCAUUUCUUUGGCGUCUAUGAUGGGCAUGGAGGGUUUCAGGUUGCUAAUUACUGCCGCGAACGCAUCCAUAUGGCGUUGGCGGAGGAGAUAGAAACUGAAAAGGCAAGAUUGAGUGAAGGAACUUUUGGGGGCAACUAUGAGGAGCUUUGGAAGAAAGCCUUCACUAAUUGUUUUUUGAAAGUUGAUGCUGAGAUUGCAGGAGCUAAUGCAUCGAAGGGUUGUGCAGAACCAGUUGCCCCUGAAACUGUUGGUUCUACUGCUGUGGUUGCCAUAAUAUCACCAACCCACGUAAUAGUGGCAAAUUGUGGUGAUUCAAGAGCAGUUCUUUGUCGUGGAAAAGUGCCCAUGCCGUUGUCAGUAGACCACAAACCAGAUAGAGAGGAUGAAUUGGCAAGAAUAGAAGCUGCAGGAGGCAAGGUCAUACAGUGGAAUGGGUCGCGUGUUUUUGGUGUUCUUGCUAUGUCAAGGUCCAUAGGUGAUAGAUACUUGAAACCAUGGAUAAUUCCAGACCCAGAUGAUGUGAUGCUUGUUCCUCGAGCAAAAGAAGAUGAUUGCCUUAUUUUAGCUAGCGAUGGCUUAUGGGAUGUGAUGACAAAUGAGGAAGCCUGUGAUGUUGCCCGAAGGCGAAUCCUUCUUUGGCACAAAAAGCACAGUGAUGGCUUGUCUGCAGAAUGUGGCGAAGGAGUCGAUCCUGCAGCUCAAGCUGCAGCAGAUUAUCUCGCAAGGCUUGCCAUCCACAAGGGAAGCAAAGACAACAUCACUGUAAUUGUAGUGGACUUGAAAGCUCAAAGGAAGUUCAAGAGAAAAACCUAGGGAUAAUCAUAAUAGUUGUUCCCUUU